AUGUUUAUGCUCCGCAACGUUGGGAAAUUCCUCUUUGGAGACACCUCCAAAGAGUCCAUCAUCGAAAUUCCCCAGGGCCAGCUCUACAUCGUUCGCCCACUAUCACCCAAGGGAUAUUCUGAGCUUAUAUUCAAGGACGCCGCUGCGACAAUCCGACGCACAGGCCAAGAGUUCCAAUAUCAGCUGGUGAUUCAGAGAGCCUACGAAGAAGGAGAGGAGGAACUCGCGGACGACGAAGACGAGCAGGGUGUCGCAGACAUUCUGGACAAAGACGAAAAAAUCUUUUUGCUUGACCAGUCUUUGCACUUCCGCUCGGAGCUUCGUGACGGAAAUAAGAUCCUUGCCUGGGAUGACUUGAGUGGUGACCAAGGCGAUUUAUACGAAUUUAUUUGUGAUCCUUCCGUCCCCGCGGAAAAGGUCGCUACCUUUGAACUAGCGGCGUUGCAGUGCCAAUACGAGCGCAAGUAUCGCCGUAGCGCGCAAAAAGCCACUGACGACGAGCUCAAAGAAUUUGAGUAUCAACAAGAGGAACCUAUUCCGUCCGCCAGUCCCGUUUCUUCUCCUACAGCCAAGUCGCCCGAACGUGUGGUCACGUCCGCCGACUCGGCAGCUGCCAUGGCGCAAGAUGUCAAAUACGCUCAGUCCAAGGGACAGGCCAAAGCUCCCGAGGGCCCCGAGAAGCCAACUACUGCACCACCAGCCGCAGCUCAGCCGGAGGCAAAGGAGGUAUUAGCGAAGGAGCGAGCGGAGCUUCACAUGUUCGAUUUCGCCUCUGGUACAUUCGUUUUGCAGGAUCCCGAGGUCAUCGCGACCGUCUCAGAGGUCGGAAACUGGCAGUACUGGUUGCAGAUUAGCGGCAAGGACAAGGAUUGGCUCGGUCAGGCAGUUGUGGGUGACAUUAACCCUGUUUUCAAUUUUGAGUACCUCUCCUUCAUCUUCAACCACUAUGCGGAAGACGGCUCAGCAUAUUCCUGGCUACUACGCUUCAAGGACCAGUCGUCGGAAGAGAGAUUCCAGGAAGGCCUGAUGCAAGCAUUGUGGGAGCAACUGAACGAGUUGAAAUGGGAGAAAGUCAAGGAGAACGAUCGGGAAUACGUGAUGGACGCAUUCCAAGAACUGACCUUGGACGACGCGGAAGAUAAGCCCGAGGAGGAAGAGGAAGAGGAAGAGGAAGAGGAGGAGGACGAGAGUGAGCAGGAUGACGGACAACGCAGUGAGCACUACGAUAGUGACGAAGAGGAAGAUGACGUGAACCUCCACGAGCAAGACGGCAACAAGAACUCUCAACUUGCUGUGGGCUACAAACAUGACCGCUCCUUUGUCGUGCGCGGAUCCAAGAUCGGUGUCUUCAAGCAUACUCCGAACAACAAUUUGGAAUUCUCUACGACAAUUUCCAAGGUUGAGACCCCCGGGGGCAAAUUGUUUAGCCCAAAGAAAGUCAUGCUGCAUGCAGAGGAUCGCAACAUGAUUCUUCAGAACGGCGAUGACCCGAACGCUCUUUAUCGCAUGGAUUUGGAAUAUGGAAAGGUGGUUGAUGAGUGGAAGGUCCAUGACGAUAUUCCCGUCGAGACAUUCGCUCCGGAGAACAAAUUUUCCCAGAUGACUGCCGCUCAGCCCUUUGUUGGUGCCUCCAAGAACGCGCUUUUCCGGAUCGAUCCUCGUCUUUCUGGCAAUAAACUGGUGGAUUCCGACUUGAAGCAGUACGCCAGCAAGAAUGAUUUCUCCGCCAUGGCCACAACCGAGAAGGGCUACUUGGCCGUCGCUUCUAACAAGGGUGAUAUCCGUAUGUUCGAUCGACUGGGUAUUAACGCAAAGACCCAUAUUCCCGCUCUUGGCGAGCCGAUCAUCGGAUUGGAUGUCUCCGCGGAUGGUCGCUGGGUCUUGGCUACUUGCCGGACUUAUCUUCUUCUGAUCGAUUCUUUGCAGAAAGAGGGCAAGAAUGAAGGCAAGCUCGGAUUUGAGAAGUCCUUUGCCAAAGAUUCCAAACCUCAGCCCCGUCGUCUUGGCCUCCAGCCUGCCCAUGUUGCCCAAUUCCAGCAUGAGACGAAGAAGCCUCUGGCGUUCACCCCUGCCCGAUUCAAUACGGGUGUUGAUUCUCAAGAAACCUCCAUCAUUACUGCCACUGGUCCCUUCAUCGUGACCUGGAGUCUCAAGAAGAUCGUUGCGGGCCGGAAGGACCCGUAUACAAUCAAGCGUUAUGGAGAGGACGUCAUGGCAGACAACUUCCGCUUCGGCUCCGACAAAAACGUGAUUGUCGCUCUCCCCAACGAGGUGAAUAUGGUUGCCAAGCGUAGCUUCCAGAAACCCACCCGUGAGAGUAUUGCGGGGCCCAUGACCCCGAAUCGCGCCCGCAAUGGCAGAUGGAGCAGCCGUCUUGGUCGCGAUGACAUUGUCAACUCGCCCUACUAG